UUAAAAGUCAUGGCGGAUUUUUUCAUUUCAUUUUUAGUCAUUUGUGCUAAUUCGUGGGUAGAUUUAUUGUUACCGGUGUAGAUUUUUAAUUUUAGCUCGUUCUGUUGUUAAGGUAAAGAGACAAACGAUCUAAGGCCACAUUGUAGCCACUGACAAAUUUACGAUAAAUUUCGCAGAGACGUCGGACUUCAGACAAAUCGUCUCGAAUUUCGUCGCUAAGAAAAAUAGAUUGUUCAAUUUUGUCGCUGCACUAUAUUUUUAAUUAAUUUAUUACGCCUACGAUGACACAGUAGCGGGUCAGAAGCGUCAGUCCGCCAUCGGAUUUAACGAUCGAAUUACAGAAAAGACAUGAGUGAGAGUGCACCGGUAAUGUACCACGGGAAUGGGGGAUACGGCCAGGGUUCUAUGUACAUGGUGCCUGGUGGUGAAAGACAGAGGCAGUACCAAGUGGAAUCGGUGUCGACGGGCGCCGCGGGAGCCCGCGGUGGCGGCUCGCCCGCGCGCCUGCAUGGCUCGGGCCGCCGCUGGACGCAGCGCCGUGACAGGCCACUCACAAACAAGACAGAUAACAGGGCAUUUGGAUAUGAUUCGGAUGAUUCUAGUUUGUCCAGUAAUGCAUCUGGAUCCAACAAAUCUGGAGAUAAGGGUGAAGGGACAUCACGCGAGCGUGACAACGCAAAUGUGCCAGUACAGCAUGGAAGCUACUCCCGCGAGUGGAGGCCGCGGCGACGCGAGCAGUACGUGCGACAGCGGCGGGUCAUGCCCGACCGCCACCUCAACGCGUCAUACUCGUUCCAGGUGAAAUUCACACCGGAUGACCUGCUCAAUGGUUCUAAGUGGGACACGCUGUCACAAGAGAUCUGGGACAAGUUCGUCAAGUCACAACAGACCGAGAAAACGUUCCAGAGGAAAAUGAAUCUUUGGAAGUAUCUCUACGUCAAUAUAAGGAACUUGUUCCCGCGGUACGGGCUGUACGUGGUGGGGUCGACGAUGUCAGGGUUCGCGCUGGACGCGUCGGACAUGGACCUGUGCCUGUACGUGCGCCCACUGGAACACCUGGAGCCGCGCGCCCACGCCCUGCUGCACCUCAACUACAUCCUCGCCUACAUCAAGAGCUUCGACCCCUCCGACUUCGGACUAGAAGCGGAACUGAUUCAGGCGAAGGUUCCCAUAUUGAAGUUGCGUGACCCACGCAACGGGCUGCAGGUGGACCUCAACUGCAACAAUUUAGUCGGCAUCAAGAACACCACACUGCUCAACAGCUUCUCAAAAGUUGACUGGCGCGUGCGUCCACUGGUGGCUCUGGCGAAGCUGUGGGCACGUGCGCACAAUAUCAACGACGCGCGACAGCGCACGCUGUCGUCAUACUCGCUGACUCUCAUGGUCAUACAUUUCCUGCAGUGUGGUACAAGUCCUCCGGUGAUACCGCCACCGUCUGCUGGCCGCACUCGACCACACAACCGCUCCACGCUCGGGGAACUGUUCCUCAACAUGCUGCAGUACUACGCUGAGUUCCCGUACUCGACAAUGGCGAUCUCAGUGCGAGCGGGCGCGAGGGUGCCCGUGGCCGAGUGCAGGCUGGCACGACCCCAGCGAGAUCCUCACCAGUGGAAGCUGCUCUGUGUCGAAGAGCCGUUCGACCUGUCGAACACGGCGCGGUCGGUGUACGACCCGGAGUCGUUCGAGCGGAUCGUGUCCACGUUCAGGGACUCCCACCGCCGCCUCGCGGCCGGCCUGCGCCUGCACCGCGCCUGGCCGCCCGCCGCGCCCUGA